AAUUACAAAGACGAGAACUUGACGAGUGGCGUGUUAAACAUAAAACUCUCCAGCCAGCAUCAAUCUUCGCUUCUUUGGUUUUGGAUUUUUUUAUGGCCGUUAAAAGACACAUUUAUAUUGGUUUGCAAUGAUGUGGGAUGAGACUUUACUGCCUUGUCUGCUGCUAAUUUGGUUUCUGACUGGGAGUUUUGUAGGUGCUGCCACAUUGGAUGGAUGUUAUAGUAUCGACAGGACCAGCAAUGCAUUCACUAUCUCUCCGGGCAGGUACGACCCCAGCUCCCUGGAUCAUGCAGCCUGCAUAGAAGCCUGCGCCUAUCAAGAAUACAGCUAUGCUUCACUCCGGGCUGGUCAGUUCUGCAUGUGUUCGGACACCAACUACCUCCCAGCUGCCAAAAAGGCUGACAACUCCCUCUGCAACACUCCUUGCACCGGGGACAACCUCAUAACUUGCGGCCACGACAACUACGCGCUGGUCUAUCACAUCACCGACACCAGGGCUUUGAUUCAGCUGGACGACGCGGUCACUUACGUUGUGGGAACCUCAGCAUCUGUUUCUCCUAGCAGUGUGUCUGGAUCAGACCUGGAGUACUCGUAUGAUUUUGGGGAUGGCACGGCAGCGACGAAUUCUAGCGACCAUACGUAUACUGCACCAGGAGAGUAUAGCGUGGUUGUCACUGUACACAAUGAUAAAUGGGUUGAUUUUGACGCCUUUGCCCACAGCGUAAACACGCAGCUAUCUGGAGUAGCCGUGACCUGCCCGGAGGGGGCCGGAGUGGCACAAGACUUUGAAUGCACUGUGGAGAUUCUCCACGGCAACGACCUUUACGUGACCCCGACCUUUGGCUCGGGCGCCGAGGCUGUUACGGGGCCGGUACUGCCUGCCGGAUCGCCGACAUACUCCCACAUAGGCCAUGUCUCUCAAUAUCCAGACCCUUCACUGCCAAGCAAUGAUGUCCAUGGUGCAGCAACCCUCAUAUUCUGGGUAUUCCCUGGUUCGGAGGUACAGCAAGCAUCCAAGCUAGUUGCCAUUGAGGCGGCCAUUGCUAGUGUUGGAGACGGAACACUUCAUUUUGUGAUUUACAAGCCUGUCUGCACCUCGCCUAGCGAUGUGUUCUGCCCAAUCGAAAACAGCUGCAUGGCCGCUAGCGCUUGCAGUUACGACUUCACGCUGACGACACAUCCUACCCAACAGGAUACCUGUACAACGGUCCUGGAUAACUACUGUCUGUACGGUUCCCGUUGCGUAGAUAGCAAUGAUGUUAAUACCUGCCCAGCCAAGCCAACACGCUACGAGAUGGACCCUACCGGCAAUCCGAGGGCGGAAUAUGAAGUUGUGGAGAUUAUAGCUAGAAACGUCGCCAGCACUGGCUAUUACCAUGAUACCCUAGCGACGCCCGUUGACAUGCAGAUGGGCUAUGUGCUUGGGGUCAAGAUGAGGAGCACGGGCGCCCAGAUCAGCUACGAAUCAACCCCAAGCGGCAACCCGGUAGAGUUUCAGUAUGCAGGCACAGAUUACGCAGUUGGACAAGCCCUCCCCGUCGCGAGUAAGACCAGCGGGCACCAGAUUCGUCACCUGGCACGAUUCACCCUCGUUCAGCCAGUAGAGGUGAUGAUCACACAUGCAUUUGCUGUGCCCGAUUUCUACGACGUUACGGUAAACGUGUCGGGAUCUCUUGGAGGACCAGUCGAGGAAAAGACUGUAAUUCUGAUCCAGGAGAUUAUAACAGGUUUGGAGGUUGAGGUCGACACGGACAUAUUACGAGUAGGAGGAACGGUCACAGCUUCGGCCAAGAUCUCAGGUGGUGCCAUGGUCAACUACACGUGGGAUUGGGACGACGGUAAUGAGGAUACCACCAUCCGUCAAGCAACUAACUUUAACGAGUCGGACGUGCAGACUCACACGUACAUCACAGAUGGUACCUUUGCCCUGACGGUCACCGCGUACAACUUUGCUAACAAUGAAACCGCGACUGUCACCAUGUACGUGCAGUAUCCCAUUAACAAGGACCACUUUAUGGUCACUUCGGACUCACCCAAGCCACAUCCGGGUGAUAUCAUCUUCACCCUCACCAUCACCCUACCCCCUGGCGAAGACUUUGGUACUGACCCUCAGUUCUCGUCCAGCAUCACCUUCUAUGAGAAUAGUACCGAGACUCCCAUCAGCAUCGACAGUGACGGGCAGAGCGAGCCGUUUGCAGAAAAUGUCCGAUUCAGCGGUGAAUACCAAGCCAUUGUGUCCAUCAAUAACAAGAUCUCAUCGGAGUACUACAAGUUGCCGAUUGUAAUGGUAGAACCGAUCACCGGGUUCUAUGUUGACGCCAUGUACCAACCACCACUCCCGCUGGACGGACCAGUCAAGAUGGGGUUCGGACCCACCAACAACGUGUUCCCUCUCGAUUCCCCCGUGGUGUUUGUACCCAGGUUUGCCACAGGUACACGGAUGAGUUAUAACAUUGACUAUGACGACGGUACACCCCUCGAUACAGUGACUGAAGAGACUAUCCCCUAUCGUUACACUGCAGUCGGCCCGUACUUGGUGAGAGUCGACGCUUCUAAUGAUCUACCGGGACUGGCCUCCGACACAGUCACUGUAAUCCUGCAGGAAAACAUCGCUGGCAUUCAGAUAAUGGAUCUGCAAGCCACCACAGCAAACGAGACCAAGGAAUUCGACAUCUCCGUUGCCAGUCUCGGGACCACGUCCUGCCUGGUCAUCGAUUACGGCGACACUACGCAAGAAAUAUUUGGCAAUCAGGUACCCUGCGAGAACCACGCUGAUUACCCCGGGGCGACUUGGGUGCAACCCCUCACCAACAGUUUCCGCACCAGUCACAUCUACACCUCGCUGGGCAGCUAUCACAUGACCGCUUUCGGUUUCAAUCUGGUGUCCGACGCCAGCACGGAUCUCUUUUUCGCCGUCUCCGAUUUGAGCUGCAACUCCCCGCAGCUGUUCAUACGCGACGGGCAUCCGGAUUGGCGUGGACCACGAGUCGCCUACUUCAACCAAGACAUGCAGAUCCAGGGCAUAACCGACGUGAAGUGUAAAUCCUACGAGAAUAUGAAAGUCUGGGAUUUACAGGCGGUGGAUCCGAACACCGGCCUUGCUGUCCCCGGUACCGCCGUAAAGUUAACCGGUCUCCCGCCAUCACACAGGUUCUACCUGCCGGAUGCGGACACGGCUGAAAUUUACAUCCCUCCGAGAACCAUCCCCGUGGGAACCUGGAAGUUCAAGUACACGGUUCACAUGGACCAGGUCUCGGAUGACAAUAUCGACUAUGUAGCAUUCGCCAACGAGUAUGUCCAAGUGCGGGCCGCAGCUUUGAAGAUUCAGAUCUUUGAGGGUCAGACGACCUCCAAGGUCGUAGGUCAUGGGUCGUCCUUGAAGCUACAGCCAGGGGUGCUGUCACGUGACCCAGACCUGCCUGAUGAUGUCACAGAUCAGAAUUUUACCAGCAUCGAAUACUUUUGUCGGCGUUUCUAUGAGCCGUGGGAACUGAACGACCAGAGGGAGAUUGAUAAAACUAAAAAGAUCGUGAUCGGGGGGACCAAUACCGAUGGAGUGGACAAGGGAGGUUGCUUCGGCACAGGAAGCGGUCUCUUAGACUACGAGGAUGACGUUUUGGAUCUAGACACUACCAACACCUUGCCCAACAUGACCUAUGAGAUCAUGGUCGUUGUUACUAAAGGGUCGAGGGUCGGCGAUGCCGCUGUCCAGUUCACCGUCAAGCCAGGCAACCCGCCCCAGUCCUCCAUCAGUUGUAGCGGCGGGACCCUCUUUGAGGCGGCCUACGCCUCCCUGGUAGUCAACCCUACCGACGACUUCCGUCUCAAAGCUGGCUGCGAGUCCGGAUGCAGCGGUGCCGUCUACCAGUGGGAGAUGGACUACUUAGAUGAGAACGACACACUGAUGACUGUGGAAGGAUGGGAGCAACACGCAACCGGUGUUACAACCGAAUCCCUGUUCAUUGCCAAAGACGUUUUCACCAUACAACCCGACGUACACCGCUAUCUCUUUACGAUCCACAUCACCAACGAGUAUGACCAGAGCGGCAAAGCGCACAUGCGCGUUAUCCUCAACGAGCCACCAGAGGGCGGUUUCUGCACAAUUACUCCCCCGGAGGUCACCACUGACGACAAGGUGGAUAUAACGUGUUCGGAUUGGGAGGACGACCACGGUGUUUCAAAGUACGAGUUCUUUGUGCAAGUGCAUGGUCAAUCCGUCAACAAAGUCGUAGGUUUUGGCAGUUUGCCCACUGCGCAGUUCUACCCGCCGUUGGGCAAAGCUGAGGACGAUUACCGAGUCACCUUUGGAGUCCAGAUUGAUGACGUUUUGGGGGCCACUACUAUUCGCACCAUUGGUACAAUCAUAGUGCGACCAACUAAUAUCAGUGCCUCAGAGUUCCUGUCUGAGGAGAACACCGUGGAGGCUGAGAAACGGUUCAAGACGUUAGCUGCCGAGGGUAACUCCAGAGCCAUCAACAAUGUCAUCUUGAAGGAAUCAUCAAGACUGAAUGACAUACGCUCAACUGGAGUGCAAGCUCUCAAUGGUACCAAUGCCACAGCAGAAGAGGAUUCAUCUGAUGACGAUGUCACAGAUCCAAGACUGUAUGAAGCAGGACGAACUAAACGAGCCUACUGGAGAAAGAAUAUGGCCGAUUUGCAGACUGAGACAAGUCUAGACUCACUCGGUGAUGUGCUGUACAGUGCCUCGGCCGCCACUGUACUGACUGAAGCGACGGACGAGCUAUCCCAUGAUGCCUUGUCAUCCAUGACCAGGCUCGGAGACAAAAUGGUGGGGACGUUGGAGCGCACGGCCCAGGAUACUGACCAGAAGACUGUGGUCAAGACAGCGUCGGCAAUGUUUGAGACCUUCACUAACAUGCUGGAGGGUUCAGCCAAGACGAUUGAGGAUCCCCUGUGGUUGCUGGACCAGUAUGAAGAGGACGGGUCAUCGGCAGGUUUCUCCUCAUUGCACAAUGACAUCGAGAGGGAACUUGGCCAAUCAGAAGAGGAAUCUUAUCUUACCACAGAAGACACUGUCAGUCAGGAACUCAAAGCAGAAAAGGAGAGAAAGGCCCGUGCAAUCGUUGCGAAAACCAACAUGUUGAUAACGCAAGUGGCAGACAUCAUGAAGCAGAACAAGCUACCGCGAGAGCCGGCCAGCAAGUUUCAAACUAAGACUGGUUCCAUGACUGUAUCUCGGACUGAAGCCAGUACAGCAGUUAAUCAGGCGAUGAAGGAGGGCAAGGGUACGUUCAAUCUUCCAAGUUGGUGCGCUGUCAGGGGUCAAGCGGACUGCGAGGAAGAUGAAAUAGUAGACGUCCAGACCAACUCCUUCCAGACGAACCACUACAACUACAUGAACAGCAGCCACCGCAUCUCGGAUAAAUCCAACGUCUUGGCGCUUAAGUUUGAAGACAAAAACGGACAAGAAAUCGACAUCAGCAAUGCCAAAGAAGAGAUUGAGAUAUGGAUACCCCGGCCCAACACAGAGACACCGCAGUGCAACAGCUUCGCACAGAACUUCAACACGACCAGUCAAUCAGGCAUGUCCAUGCAUUCGUUCUACAUCCCGUUCGACCAGACCGUUGCCACACUACAAGUUAUCCCUGAGGAAUUCUUCAGCAUUCAGUACGGUCUGCUGCUGCGGUACCUACAUCCACCGAAUCGGGAGGAAUACGACCACAUGUGGAUCAUGCCUCCUAACAUCAGCGUUGGAGCAAAUGUCAGCGACUACACCAUCUACCUCAACGAAGCCUACAUCUCCAACAACACGGGCACCUACUACCUAGGCAUCGUUGAGAUCCCCCAGGCACCCCAGGGGGACCUGCCGGACACCCUCUUUGACGACAAUCUCAGCCCCCAGGAGCUGCUGGACGACAUACUCAAGAUGCACAGGGCCUUCAACUUCACCGGCAACUACACGCUGUGCGUUUACAUCUCGGGCUGCGCGUACUUCAAUAAUAAGACGCAGGAAUGGUCCACUGAUGGAGUCAGGGUGGGACCCAAGACCACCAAGGACCUGACCCAGUGUUUCUCCAGGCACUUGACAGACUUUGCCAGCACCUGGCUCGUACCCCCGACGCCGCUGGACUUCCAGUACAUCUUCAACAACGCCGGCUUUCUGGAGAACUUGACCAUCUACAUCACGACCAUCGUUAUCUACGUGCUCUUUGUCUUCAUCUUCAUCUGGGCACGGCGGAAGGACAGGAAGGACAUUAUUAUGCAAGGACUGGCCCCCAUGGCUGACAACAAACCAAAGCACAAGUAUCUGUAUGAGAUAGCCGUCAUGACGGGGCAGUGGAAAGGAUCUGGUACCAGCUCAAAGGUCCAUUUUAUCUUGUCCGGUGAAGACGACGAAACCGAAGUCAGGACGUUUGAAGAUGACAAACGACCCAUCCUACAGACUGGAUGCGUUGAUCGCUUCGUCAUGGCAGUACCAAAGCCACUAGGCCCCCUGAACUACAUGCGGGUCUGGCACGAUAACUCAGGCAAGGGCUCCGGGCAGAAUUGGUUUGUGGCCUACAUAGCGGUACGAGACCUGCAGACUAGACAGAGAUAUUACUUCAUCGCUAAUCGCUGGUUCUCAUUGGUCGAUGAUGACGGUCAGGUGGACAGGCUACUCCCCGUAGCCAGCAGGGAACAGAUGCAAGGCUUCAGCCACGUCUUCUCCACCCACACCCGUAAGAACCUCAACGACGGCCAUCUCUGGUUCUCCAUCUUCCUGCGUCCCGCGGGCAGCCGCUUCACCCGCGUACAGCGCACUGCUUGCUGCCUGAUGGCAUUGUGGCUUGAGAUGCUGGUCAACAUCAUGUGGUACAAGGUCAUCCCGCCAACGCCCUCCUCGAGCGCCAUCAACGUUGGGCCCUUCAGUAUGUCUCCGGCGCAGAUCAGCAUUGGCAUCCAGUCCAGUCUCAUCGUGUUCCCCAUCACCUUGCUAGUGGUUCAGAUCUUCCGCAAGGUGCGUCCACGGCAACGACAGAAAUCCCACCGACGGAUCAUCAAGGAACAACAAGAGGAACUCAAGAAGAAGUACAGAGUUGGCAAGGAAGAUGCGAUCUCCCAAAGUCACGUGACCAUCGAGAACUCAUCCCCCAACGUUGAUGACACCAUCAGCACGCGCUCCAAGGCCAAUCUACUGGACAACCAAACAGACAACGCCCCCACCGACGACCCUACGGUCCUGAUCAAGACCACCGCCUCCAACCCGGCCCAGAAGACCUCCCGUAAGAAGAAGCAAAAGUUCUCCUUCCCCUGGUGGGUGGUCAUCAUAGGCUGGUGCAUCUGCCUUACCUCCAUCGCCACGGCUAGCAUUUUCACUGUGUUUUAUGGGAUACAGUUCGGGGACCAGACCACCAAGGAAUGGCUGACCUCACUGGUUGUGACCUUUAUCACCGGUAUCCUGUGCACACAGCCAAUCAAGAUUCUGCUGGUUGCCGUGUUUGUAGCGCUGAUCAUCAAGAGUCCCAACGCUGACGAAGAGGACGGGAUCGACGAAGAGGAAGACGAUCCUGAGCUGGGCAAAGAUGAGAUGUGGCUACAUGACCUCUCCUCACCAUCCCAGGGCAAGACGGCCUACAAGCCCCCGGACCCGGCCAACCUGGAGCGGAUCCGGGUACAGCGCAUAAAGGAACUCAAGAUGUACAACAUCCUGAGAGAGAUCUGCUUCUACAUCAUCUUCCUGUGGACGCUGAUGGUCUUCAGCUACAGCAGCAUUGACCCCUUCGCCUUCUACAUGAAAGACCAGUACGUCAAUACGCUCAACAAUGCGGACGGCGUCAACACGUUUGACAAGGUGACGGGUGUCAAAUCGUUCUGGCGGUGGGUGGACGCCGGUCUGGUACCCAACAUCUACGCUGGCAAGUGGUACAACGGACAGAUGGACCCCUAUCAGGCGGGAUUCUUUGGCGAUCGUCAGUCCUACAUCCUGGGCAAAGUGGUCAUGAGGCAGGUCCGGGUCAAAGAGGGGCUGUGCGAGGUCCAUGAGGAGUUGGAGGAGACCAUCGCCGAGUGCAAUGAGGCGUAUAGUUUCUCCAACGAGGACACGGUAGACUACGGCCGGGCCUGGCGGGACGUGAACGACACGGACGAGACCGCAGAGAGCUACCGCUACACGUCAGCCAGCGACCUGGACGGCUACCCGUUCCUCGGGAUCCACGCGCUGUACGGCGGCGGCGGUUACGUCGUCCUGGUGGAUGGCUCCCAGAGCCAGAUGCGCGCAAAGUUCCGACAGCUCUACAACGAGACCUGGGUCGAUAAGUACACCCGGGCGGUCUUCAUCGAGUUCUCCUGCUACAACCCGCAGGUCAACCUCUUCGCCGUGGUCAACCUAGUCACUGAGUUCCUUCAAACCGGCGCCGGACAGCCCAUGCAUCGAGUCGACAUCAUCCGACUCUUAACCUACUCGGAAGGAUUCGGCCUGGUCCGCAUCAUCUGCGAGGUCAUGUUCUUCUGCUUCAUACUGUUCUUCAUCGUUAAGGAAGUCCGCAACGCCCGGCGCGAAAAGCGCCAGUACCUGAAAAACUUCUGGAACUGGGUCGAGUGCGCCAUCAUCGGUUUCUCCAUCGGUUCGGCCAUCAUCUACUUCUAUCGCAUGUACAUCACCAACGGCAUACUAGAUACGCUCAAAGAGGGUGCGUACCGCUACAUCAAGCUGCAAUACGUCGCGUACUGGAACGAGCUGCUUGGCUACAUGCUGGGCUGGAUUGUGUUCCUGGCCACCCUGAAAUUCCUGAAGUUGCUGCGCUUCAAUCGCCGCAUCGGAAUCCUGUCCAGUACCAUCCGGAAUUGCUCCACUGACCUCAUGUACUUUGGCAUCAUGUUUGGCAUUGUCUUCUUUGCGUUUGCCACGGCCUUCUACUUGAUCUUCAGCAGUACUGUGUACGACUAUUCUGACUUCAUCUUCACCUGUGAGUCGCUGAUGUCCUCCAUCUUGGGCAAGUUCAGGUUUGGGGAGUUGGUGAUCGCCGAAUCCAUGCUUGGACCGUUCUUCUUCUUCUCCUUCAUGACAAGCAUGAGCUACAUCCUCAUCAACAUGUUCCUGACUAUCAUCAAUGAGGCCUUCAAGGUUGUGAAUGCGGACAUCUCCAAACAGUCCAACGAGUACGAGAUGGUGGACUUCAUGAUCCGGCGCCUGAAGCUCUGGACAGGGAUUGGCAAGCCCCCAGUCACGGGCGGAGACAAGAAACCAGGGGAGGGAGAAGACCAGGAGGACGGACCCAAGAAGGAACCGGACAUCGUGGACGAGUUCCCCGAGAAGGUGGACCAGCUCCUGAACUCCAUCGCCAAGAUCUACUUCAACCACGAGACGUUCGACGAGGUGAUCCGGGGCAUGGGACAGAAGGGCAAGAAAGGGAAAAAACCCAAGAAGACGAUCUCAGUGUAAAGGAAUCUACGAAUCAUCCCUCAAAAUAAGUUUUAAGGAUUUUUUUUUGUCACUGAUUAGUUUUUCGUAUGCAUCAGAAAGAGCUUACUUGACUCUGCUUUUUCUAGCUUGUUGACAUUUGACAAAAUAUGGGUGAAAAAAUUAACUUUGUAUUAUUUUUCCAUUUUGAAGGAUUUAAUGGUCUGAAAAGUACCUUGUUUGACUUUAGGCACUUUCUUUUGGCUGGGGUCAAUGCACUUUAAUUCAAUUCUGGUUUAUCAUACAAAGCUGUUCUGUCUUAUUUUUCUGCAACCAAAGAAAAAGUCAUGAACUUACGCAGAUUUAACUUAUAUACAAAAUAUAUAUUUAAAACACUUAUAUCUGAAUUAAUAUAUUUGAAAAUAAAGUAAAUGUGAAUAAGAAAUCACGAAUAUAUUUAACCUGAAAAGAAAAAUGUGCACAACUUAUUGUUUCCAAUGGGAAGGCGUUGAUAGGAGUUGCAAUAAUUGUUUUAUUAGGAUUUUAUUUUAAACAUUUACAAUCCUUUCCAUAGAUAGAACAGGAGACUAUGUAUCUUUGCGUUUCUCAAUCUGGGAUUUUAUUAAGUCAUCUUGUACUUAUAGUUCUUACAAAGGUGGCAAAUUUGUAGGUCUUUGUUAUUGUGGUAAGCGAUAGAAGGAUCUAUCAGAAAUUACUUAAAUAUUACGGCGGAGGAAGAGUACAAAGCUAAGCCGAACAAAAGUAAAAA